AUGCACGCACGCGCCAUCCUUCUUGCCUUAGCUAUGGUGGGAAGCACCAUAGCUGCACCCGUACCAGCGCCAAUCAACAACAUCAGUCCACUACCAACGAUCGAGCGUCGCACAGAAUCUUCCGUCGUGAACCUGUUCAGGGAUCUCUUCAAGAGGGAGCCAGUGAUCGAGACCAAUAUCGCUGAGAGCCUUGAGGGGUCUGGUCCUGAUGUUCGCCGAGAUGCUGCACCUCAAAAGUUCAGUAGCUCCGGUGGUCAUCGACGAGAGGCAGAGCCUAUCAAGUUCAAGAGCGGUGGUGGCCAUCGACGAGAGGCAGAACCCAUCAAGUUCAAGAGCGGCGGUGGCCAUCGACGAGAGGCAGAACCCAUCAAGUUCAAGAGCGGUGGUGGCCAUCGACGAGAGGCAGAACCCAUCAAGUUCAAGAGCGGCGGCGGCCACCGAAGAGAGGCAGAGCCAAUCAAGUUCAACAGCCCUGGCGGUCAUUGA